UCAAUCGGUAAUUUCUCUUGUAUUUUCCCAUCUCGAGACACUUCAUUACCCAGCGUUACCUGGGAGUUUUGACGUCAUUUAGAUGAAAAAAUGGCGGCGGGCAGUAGCUCAAACGUGAACGAAAAUAUUCCAGUUUUUGAGUAUAAAGACAUAAACACCAAACCAUUCCACGUUGGCUCAUUCAGAACCGCAUGGCUUGAGAAAUUGAAACCAAUUGACUAUUCCUACGAGGAUAAAUACGAAGAGAAUGAAGAUGCCGACUUUGCAAAGGAAAUGGGAAUCGCACCAGAAACGUUGGAUGAACUGAAAGCUAUCUGCAGCGUUGACACUCUUCGGGGUCAAGCUGAAGAUGAGCCUCUUGACACCAACGUUGUGCCACCUGACCCCACUCUUCAAACACUAAUACAGAGGAAGAAGAAGCAGGACUACAAAGGCACCCUGAGGAUCGAUAAGAUAAGCAGAGUUGACCACUACCAAGACGAACUGGAGAGCCUAGCGGUGGGGAAAAGGCCUGAGGACCCUGCUGACUUGGUGCCAGAAGGGGAGAUAAUUUUGAGCAUCAACGUUCUCUACCCAGCCAUAUUUGAGAGAUUUAGGUAUGUGAGGCCCCACAUGACCCUUCAGAUGCUGGGCUCCCAUAGUCUGGUGGACCUGAGGGACGCUAUCUGCUGUAUCAGCGACCUGCAGGUCUUUGGAGAGUUCAGCAACACGCCCGACAUGGCACCGGACUUCAUCAGCAAGGAUCAUUUCAAAUCCGCCUUCUUCUACUUUGAAGGGGUCUUCUACAAUGACAUGCGUCACCCUGAGUGUCAGGACAUGAGCGAGACCACCAUUGAAUGGGCAAAGACCAGAGACUUCCCCACAUUCCACAAGGCCAAGAUGGAGGACACCAGGUUCUACGACCUGAAGGUGAAGGUGGGAUACCCCUACCUCUUCUGUCACCAGGGAGACUGCGAGCACGUUGUCAUCAUCACCGAUAUCAGACUGGCUCAUAAGGAUGACUGCCUGGAUAGGAAGUUGUACCCUCUCCUUACCCACAAGCACAGGGUCAUGACCAGAAAGUGCGCUGUGUGUCACGUCUACAUCGGCAGAUGGUUAACCACAAAUGAUCCAUUUGCCCCAAAUGACCCGUGUCUCUUCUGUGAGCGAUGCUUCCACAUGCUUCACUAUGACGAGAAAGGAAACAAACUAGGACAGUUCCUGGCCUACCCUUAUGUGGACCCUGGGGCCUUCAACUGAGACCGUCCUGUUUCUCCCUCCUACUGCUGUGCAGUAUUAGUAAUGGCACAUAGGGCACAUUUCUGUUGGCAUUAAAGCACUUUAUUUACUGUUCUAUUUGUCUUGGGAUUCAUGAUCACAUGGAAAUGUUUUUGUUGUAGUCAUAGAAUUGUAAAGCUCAUAGACUGUUCAUUUCGGAUAGAUGAACCUUCAGUGGUGAGCUGGUGGUGUCACCAGCUCAUGCUACUCAUGAGAAGUUCACUUGAAUGAUUAUAGCUCGUACGAAGAAUUGGUUUCACUAAUUAAAGUGGAAAUCAGUGGGACAACACCCUUCUGUCUUCUACCUCUGGAUAGGGAUAUCACGCCCUGCAAAAGCUCGAGUGGUGACUUGGAAGGGCACUCUAGCAACAUCUUGAUUCAAAACACAUCAAUGGAAUAAUCUUAACCGAUCUGUUAAGCUACUGAUGGCCAUUUUAGACCGGAAAGCUCAGAUCUGAGGCUAAUAGUUUUCCGUGUGACCUGUUGACUUGACACAGUACUAUUGAUAGAAGCAAUUUAUUUGAAUGCGUACAGAUGAGGUCAAUUAUAUUGGCGCCACUUGUACUUUGCAGUAGAGCAGAAUGUUCUGCUUUCUCUUACCCUGUAGGCACCUGCAACUUACUACAGGUGACAAAUGACUUAAUGAGACUCAUUGCCUCCAAAUGAAUGAAUUUUGAAUAAGCUAGUCUAGGCCAUUUGACUUAAGUGAAAAAUAUUAAUUUUGAUUUGGUCCUGUGAAGUGUAAACAAGUUAUUAAUUUAAAUGUAUUUUGAAGUGAAUCAUGCAAGGGUGCCAAUAUUUAACCACAUCUAACAUGAGUACUCAUGUUUCAAUAAACAAAAUA